GCAACAUUAUCACAGAAGGGCAAUCAGUCGAUUAAUAAAAACUAAACCUCCCAUUUCCAUUUCUUAUAAACAGCAUCAGUCAUAUGGAUUCGUGCAUCACAUAAAUACAAACUGCACUUCACUGAUUAAUCAUUCGGUCAGUCAGUUUGUGACAGAAUAAUGAUGCGACUUUCAAUGCUAUUUGAAGUCUUUUGUCUUAUCUUCUUAUCUCAUCAGCAGGUUAUUGCUGAGGUUGUUAUAUGCAAUCACAAUACUCCAGUAUGUAAGUGCACUACAGCCAGUGAUGAAGCAUGCGAGUUUACAUUUGACAUUGAGAUGCUGCAGACCUUUACCCGAUAUCUGCUGGAUGAUGAUAAAGACUCAAGGGGUACUGCAGGAAGUGUCUGGCAUAUUAAUAAUGGAGAAUGGGAACCAGUUGAUCCUACAGACACACUCUGUGGUAACUCUACUAAUAGUGAGGAAUCUAAAAGAUGCACUCAACCGUUUGGUGUUGAUGGGUACACGUUUCGUUCCUUUAUAGCAGUCAAUGGACAUAUACCAGGACCAACACUCAUUGUAACUGAGGGUCAGUUGGUUAAAGUGAAUGUAAUCAAUAGAUUAGCAUCAGAGAGUGUAUCUGUACACUGGCAUGGGAUGCAUCAAAGGAACAGUAACUGGAUGGAUGGAGUGGAGCAUGUUACACAGUGUGGUAUACCACCAGGAACUAACUUCACUUAUAUCUUUAAAGCUGAACAAUACGGUACUCACUGGUACCACUCUCACAGUGGAGCUCAGAGAACUGAUGGACUCUUUGGAGCUCUCAUUGUUAAAGAGAGGGGUAACACACAGAGAGACAACCUCUUUAGUCAAUUAACAGAUUUUAAUAUAACAAGCUAUAAUGAC